CGGGUGCCUAGUAGGUGACCCGUGCAUUAGGUUUCAUAUUAUCAACUUAGCCGCGCAAAUCCCAAUGAUUGUUCCAUCAGAGUACCAGAAUACUUAGCCCUGUAUCUUGGCGCCAAGGGGGUUUGAAGGAUUUCAGAAAUACUCGACUAACAUAGCCAUCAAAAGGAGCUUAACAGAUUUAGCUUCUAGGAGACCAUGGUGGGCUUAAAAGGCUCGAAGAUCCCCGGACCGAAGCCUCCAGUAUUUCCACAACAAGAGAGUUUCACGAUUCACUCCCUCUAUACGUGGUAAACGCCUCUAUCCUAUCAUGGUCUACUUGAAGCACCUUCUCGCUCUUUCGAGCCUCCUGUCGCUCGGUCGGUCCCAGUGGUCUCCAAACGUCCCCGUGGAGACUCGCAGCCUAGAUGAGAUAUACGAAGCCGCAAAGAAAGAGUCCGGCACUUUGAUCGUCUCGUCAGGAGGAGAUGCCGGCAACCAGAACGAUGCCAUUAUCCAGGCAUUCCAGAAACGAUUCCCUGAUAUUCAGCUGAACUGGACUGUCGACCUCUCCAAAUACCAUACGGCCCGUAUCGACCGUGGCUUUUACGCCGACAACCAGACAACCGAUGUGGUCAUCCUGCAGACCUUGCACGACUUCCCCCGGUGGAAGGAGCAAAACCGUCUCCUCUACUACAAGCCGUCCGUAUGGAAUGAUAUAUACGCGUCUGAGCGUGAUCCGGACGGCGCUUACCUCCCAAUUGCCGAAUACAGCUUCGGCGACAUCGCUUGGGACACCGCCAAGAUGAACGAAUCCGCGAUUCCCGAUGAUUACGCAUCAUUCACCCACCCCAAAUGGCGGGGAAGGCUGGUUCUCACCUACCCCAACGACGACGACGCAGUUCUGUAUCUCUUUAGCAAGAUCAUCAGUCGGUACGGCUUUGAAUGGCUCUACGCCUUGCAGGCGAACGACGUCCAAUGGGUUAGAGGCUCAUACACGCCCGCGGCCGUUAUUGAGGCAGCUCAUAACAGCACGAGAAACCCUCGGUCUGUCACAUUCACCACCGGCGAUGCCUUUGGCGGCUGGUGGGGGUCCAAAACCCCUUCAAAGGACGAGAGCAUGAGUUGGUCCCAGACUGGUGCAAUCUUCGCCGACACAAAGAUGCCAGAGACCUCAAAGCUUCUGCUGAGCUUCUUGGUCAGCGAUGAAUGGCAGAAGCCUCAGGCCGAUUCCGGCAGCUUUGUCCCCCGGGUUAGCUUGGACCAGGGCAAGCUUUAUGAGCAGAAGAAUAGCGAGGUCGGUGGCUUCCGGGUCUGGAUGAACCAGCGGAAUCUUGUCGAUUGGUGGAAGAGCCAGUUGGAGACAACUCUGGGUACUCCCCAGGGACCCAGUCCUUUGGAUCUCUAUCCUCGUGUCUAGUCCGCCUGAGGCUAGGCUAACGAUUAUGUCUGGAUAUUAUCAAUUCCAGGCCAGUCAAACACAUGUACUACUAAUAGCCCUUCGUGCACUUGCUGUAUUGUUCUCGUUGAUCUGUGAUUAGUUAUUCACGCAACUAAUAUAACACUGUUGUGCAUUGUUGUGCAUUGUUGGUUGCAUCUGUCUCUAUAUAUAUGUACUCGAUCAAACGCCGGAAAAUCUAGGAACUAACAGCUGUAUGUCAUUCUACCACCAAAGUGUCUUCUACCUGAUGGGUUUAAUUUAGACAUUUCCAAAUAUAUUCAUUCUGCUAUGAAUAUUAUGCCGAAUGUUUCCAUUGUAUAUAGUCCAUUUAAAAAAGCGGGACUGCCGGGCGGUUUUUCCAUUCCGUUUUCCAAUUAUUUAUUUGCGUCUGACCUUCUGGAACCCCAAACCCCCAACCAA